CGUUCGCAUCGGCCAGUACAUUUCGUGUAGAACCGCGGUCGCGAACGGUUUUGGUUGACGCGCUGCCGUGCUGUAGUGCGCCUUCCGCUCCCAACACCCAGCCACAAAUAUAGAGACACACAAGGAGAAGAAGAGGAAGUGGAAACGGGGGAAAAAAACAGUCCAAUGGUAUUUGCGGCCGUGAAUAGUACGAAAAAGAAGAAGAACUAGCAGCAGCCAGAAGUCAAGUAGAAGUGAAGCAAAAAAAAAAACGAAAAACAAAUCCAACCGUCAUCGAGUGGGCAAACGGAUGUGAAUUUGGCCGUCCUAACUCUAGCCCUUGUGCAUCUCUCUCUGUGUAUGUGUGUGUGUGUGUGUAAAGUGAAUUGUUGCAAGUGCGCUCUGCGGUGAAAGAAGGUGCAACAACAGCAGCACGGGAAGAGGAGCAGUAGGAAAAAGCACUUCACUGCUAUUGAGAGAAAAGGGAGAAGAAGAAAAAGAAGAGGACGGCGCAUCGAAGUGAACAUAAAGUACAGUUAGAAGACAGCGCGCACCACACACAUUACCAGCCGGGGCCGCCUAUUCAAGUGUGCGUGAAAGAAAGAGAGCGACAUAGUGACAGCUAGACACGGUAUGAAGGGGGCGGCACCACCGGAGGAAAGGCAAAGCAAACAGUUGGAAUUUGGAGUCGAGGAGCGCUUGCUUUGUUUUCCAGUGCACUGCCACCACCACCACCACCGCCGCCAGAAACAAAUGCACGACGUCUAAUUUCGCGACCCCCGCGUGCGACGGAGCAGAGCACAGGAGGAGGACAAGAGCAUUCCGUUGCACUGUGUGCGUGCGUGUGUGAGUGUGUGUACUUUUUUGUGAUUUAAGUGAAAAAAGACACUGAGGUGUGCAAGAUUUGUUUCGUGUAUUUCUCACCCCCAUCAAGAAUCCCGCAAGCAAUGUGUGUGUGUAUGUGCACCGGUGUGUGUGUGCUAUUAACGUGACGUGAGUGCGUGCGUGAGAGCAGUGUGUGUGAGUGUGUGCAAUUGGCAGCUAAUUAAGUGUCAAUUGGCAAACCGUCCCGUAUUUAAAAAAAAAACUCCCAUCUUCACGUGUUUUCGUGUGUGUGUGCCUGGGGGUGUGUUACAAGGAGACCUUCCCUUCCCCUCGCUGCAUCUCUUCACAUACAUAGUCGCACCUUUUUGGUGUUGGUUAGCAACCGACCAACCCCCCCUUUUGUUGCUGAUUGAGUAAUGCGCACACUUGACCGUGUGUGCGCGCGCGACUACUUUGCUAGUGUAUGUGUGCGUGUGUGAGUGUUCGCAAUAGUUAAGCACCAUCAGUCAGGAAAUUAAAGACGGUUAAAUCCGUCUCACAACCCCCUCCCGACGGCUUCCUUCGAACAAGACGUGUGUUUGGUGCGUAAAUCGUUCUGUGUUGUUGUGCGUGUUUGUAUUGGGGUACGACCAUUUCUUGUAACGCAAGUGAAUUGCUUCCUACGCGUCCAACCACAACAACAACAACAACCCUUGUAGAGGAAAAAAAAAACACACACACGCGCCGUGCGCUGUGAUCAGUGAUCGUGUCGGUUCGUGCGCACUCCGGUGUGCGCCUGUGCGCUUGUGUGUAGUAGUGGUGAUCGUGAUUGUCCCUCCCCCUCCCGUGAGUGCGUGCAACGGCGGAGGGUUGCGAAGGGGUGCAUUAUCAUCAUCAUCAUCAUCGUUGCGUUGCUUUGCCGAGUUCAUCGUGUGUCUGUGUGCGGGUCUGUUUUUUUUCCUCAUCUGUGAUGCAAGUGGUGUGGCAGUGUUGGUAGAAAAAAGAGAAAAAAAGAAAGCCACGCCACUGCGCGAUACAAGAAAAAGUUUAGUGCCCUGCAGCGAUAUUGUUUGGGAGGGUGAGCCACCGCGCGUGUGUGUGUGUGUGUGUAAAUUAGUGGAUCAAGAGUGUGAGAAAAGAGCAAAGAGCUUUGCGCAUCUUUCGCACUGCUGCUGCAGCGUGUGUGUGUCGGAAUGGUGAAAACGGUGCAUUAUGGUGUGUAGAGCAAAUGCGAUAUAGCAUUUUUGUGUUUUUUUGUUGUGUUCGUUACUCGUCCGCUCCCCUGUUGCUCCCCGUUUUCUAUUGGUUUGUAUUGGCACGCGCGCCAUCCCUUUCCGCGCAACAGCUGCGUGCGGGUCGUGCAACACAGCAGCGCAAGUGACAUCAGGAGCGUGUGUUAAAAUAGAAAUAUAAUUUAAUUCCGCGCAAUUCUGGCUCAGCUCGUGUGUGCUUGUGUGUGUGUGUGCGCGCGUGUUUGUGCAUGUGCAGGCUUAUGUGUAAAUUGGCCGUACAGUGAUGAUGGAAUUGCAUCCACGGCUAGAAGCAGUAGUAGCAGCAGCAGCAGCAGCAUCGAUAAGGCGUACCACCUCCAUUUUUUCGCUGCAGCGCAAGCCUGAUGGCACGUGGGGCAAUGCUAGUGCAAUGGCAACUGCGACGACAGUGAGCGAAGGCCACCACCAGAUCCGUAGCAACGGCAACAACAACAACAACAACAACAACUACCUGUCUACGUGACGUUGUGCAAUCGGUGGAACAAAUGGAACGGCAGCGUACCGUCAUCGUCUGGAGUAAAGCAGUAAAACAGUAGCAUCCGUUCUACUACUUCUAAUACUCUAGCGCUAGUACUAGUACGACGAUUACUACUACUACUACUACCACUUCCCAACUACAGUAGGCAAAUUGUGCACCAAAGCGCAACACAGCACAGCAGAGAUCUGUUCCGCGAGUUUGGUGUGUUUGAAAGCAGAGAUUUUAACAAUAAACACACACAAACAUCGUGCUCAACAUUCUUCUACCAUUAGUUUAAGCAUCAAACCAAUGAACGAUGGAGUCAUCACAAGCAGCAACAGUGUCGGCCCCUGCAACGGUAGCUGAUCCAUCCACAGAGACAUCUACAGCUUCCACGGCUACGGCACCGUCAGCGGCCGUUAAAAGUCAGUCGCCUGAUGCAGCACCCGUCGCUGCCUGCACCCCGGCAGUGGAAAAAGAAGCUCCGGCAGCAGCAGCAACAACAACAAACAACCCAGAACAAAGUGAACCAAAAAUCGAACAAGUGACUACUCCGGCCGACAUGGAGACAGAAACGUCACCGUCGCCAGUUAGCACGCAGCAGGAGGCCGUCGAUCCACUAGCAGUUCCGGAAGAAUCGCCCGAGAUUAGUACCACCUCCGUCGAGGGGGAGAAAUCGACAGCAGAAAGUACGCUAAAGGAGCCUAAACCAGCGGUGGUGGUGGAGAAGAAUCCACUGGCGUCGAAUGAUGGGCCGAUGGCGGACCCGGUUGCAAAACCAUCCACAUCAUCCAAUGAUCCUGCAAAGGAUGAAGUGUGCUCCAAAGAAUCAUCUUCGGAGCUCUCCGAGUCUUUACCCACGUCGACGUCCUCUCCCGGCGGAGAUCCAACACUGAGCAGUAGUAAUGUCGUGGAAGAAGAGACGUCUGCAAGGAGAAGCCCCCCAGUACGGACUCCACCACCGGUGGUAGAAUCAUCUACAGCUUCACCGGAAAAGAUGAGCUCACCGGCUGUCAGUGACUCGCGUGUACCAUUGAAGGGAUCAGCGUACUCAACGUCAUCCACGGUGGAUAGCAGCAGUAGUGAUAAAGCUGGUGACAGCAACGCCGACGCCGCCGAAGAACGGCCUAGCAGUAAUUGUAAGGGUAGUGAUAGUGUAAAUAGUAUUAACAACAGUGACUGCAGCAGCAACAGCAACGAGGCAGAAUCUCAAGCGACUGCCACGGACGGUGGCUCCAAGAGCCAGGAAGCGAACACGACAACAUCCGCUGCUCCGAACGAACGAAUACGAUCACCACCAUCUUCCGAGAUCGCUGUGCCGACAACGGCAGAGGUGACUGCGAAUGCUGUGAUAGGGAAAGAGUCCAGGCCGGAAGGCAAUGUAGACCCCAGCGCGAAUGGAGUAGUGAUAGAGGAAAGGCCAGAGCCUGGCAAAGGCGUAAAGGAAUCUGAAGAAGGAUGUGAAAAGAAACCGAACACUUCGGCGAUGGAUGACUCCGGGCGAUUAAGUGGACGGGAGCAGACGAGUGAAAAGAGUAGCAGCAGUGCUUCCGACGGUCAAACAAGCGAGGAAUCACAAGCUGCAGCGAACAGCAAGGGUGUGAAAGAGCAACGAGAAGGCACGGUUCUCGAAUGUCGUGAAUCUGCAGCCGUCCCACCGGAACCUGAUCCCGGUCCACCCGUGGCGGAAGAGUCCAAAAGUGCCGAAGGCUGUAAAACUCUUCAAGCGAACGAUACAGCGAACAGUAAUAGUAGCAAAGUAGAACAUCACAGCUUGAUGCAAGCGUCCCAAAACGCCGUGGCAGCCGUGGAGUCGUCGCCGAGAGAAGACAAGACGAGCGUCAAUAGUGAUAGUAGUAGAACGAUGGGUAGCCUCAAUACGGGAGCACCCAGUCGGCCGGAUUACCAUCAACCGCAGCAACAGCAACCACCGGUGUCCGCCCGCAAUCCACUCCAGUUUACGGAGGUAGCGAACGACGAGGUUGAGCUGAAGGUGGACGGUGGUCAUCUGCUUGAUCGCGUGAUCAAGCUUUCACUGCUCAAAGGUCUGCAGGAUAGUGGGAAACGGUUGGCAAAGAGUAGCCUAAUCAUUUCGGGAGCAGGAGCUAGCGUGGGCGAAGGAGCGAAUGGUGAGGCAACGCUGGCGACCACUUCCUCCCUGAGCAAAGCGAAAAGUGCAGCUGCCGGGUUACGGUUGAUGGAGGAACAUAAAACUACACCACCCGCACUGGUAGCCAACGGUGGAGUUGGUGGCAGUGGUGAUGGAGCUCAGGUGCCGGUGAAAGAACCGGCAAGCAGCACGAAGGAGGUGGCAGAUUCUCCCCAACAAACACCUUCGGGGGGAAGAAUACGUCAUUCAAGUGAGACUACAGUAAGCAGUAGUCCCUCGGGAGAGUUGGACGGUGGAGUGCGUAGCAGCAGCAGCAACAGUUCGCUGGACUUCCGAGAAGAGGAACGCUCUGGACCGACACAGGAGGUGGCAUCGCCAGCGUCCUCCAGCUUGGAGGCAUCUUCGAGCCGAAGUUCCGGAUCGGGACGUGACUCAUCGGUCGCUCCGAACAGUAACGACGGGCAUCUGCCCGUAAAAGCACGCAAACCACAGUACUACGCCAGUAUUCCGGACUUUUCCAAACAACAGUUCGCCUCGAGCACAUCCACCUCCUCCUCCUCCUCCUCGUCCUCUUCCGUGCCAACGUCGACCACAACGGCGACGAAGAGUCUCACCCAGCUGCACAUGAAAACGCCCGACUUUAGUUGCCUAGCGUCUGGCACGGCAUCAUCGGUACCGUCCAGCCAAACGUCGCCGUCAUCGACCACCACCAACUCAACAAUCUCGACUGCCGCUUCGAUGAAUGUGCGUACGACGAGCGAGUUGAAAAUCUCCAAUCCAGACUUUACCAAAGGGUUUGCGGCGCAGCACGCGCACUAUGGGGCGCAUGGCAACUACCCGCCUACUUCGAGCUACGAACAGCAGCAGCAACCUGGCAACAGCUCCUCACCAUACGUAUCGCAGGAUACGUUCAGCAAGCUUAUCAAGGAGCGAAACUACAUUGCGGAUUUACAGUUGAAAAAUCCACCUCCGUCUCAAGGCCCGCCCGAGGGUCCAGUGGUUGUGAAAGGUGCUAGUUCCCAGAACGAGUAUCCGCCCUCCUCCAGGGGAGUGGUGGUAGACACUACAUCUUCUUCAUCAUCAUCAUCGUCAUCAGCAGCAGGAAGUAGUGCGUCUUCUUAUGGACACGCCCCACAAACGUCCAACAAUCAGUACCGUCGCUCAACCUCGGGGACGGAGAAUGGCGUGGAACAGGAACCGAAGGCACAUGUGAUCCACAAAAGCGUGGCACCCCUGCCACCGCCACCUGCCUCUUCUCAACCCAUUGGAGGACAUCAUGCACCGAAAACGUGGAAUCCUCCCGAAUUUAGCAGCAAACACUUUACUCAAGUACCACCGGCGGCAUCCCAUAACCGUCCUUCCAGCGGUGCGAAUGGAUCUGGACCAUCCUCGACAUCACCUUCGUCGCGAGAUCCAUCACCCGCUCCUUCAUCAUCCUCACCACAUCAACCGCCGUACGGAUCGGCCGGUGGGUUAGUGAACUACGCCGGAAAAGCUCCCCACGCAGGUCCAACGUCCGUCGUCGGCACGGAGCGUAUCAUUGUGAACAAUGUGCGAACGUACUAUCCGGAGGCAUCUGUGCCACCUUCGGCGGCGUCGGCACCAAAUGCAAGUGCCCAUGCUCACCCCGCUUCGCCAUACACUUCGUUGCCGAAGGUGAAGGAUCCUGAGUUUCGGUUGGAUCACAACAAAGAGCAGCUACUGCUGCAGGAGGGAACGAUCGUAACGGUGAAACAGCCCUACCCAAAUCACACUACCGGACGAGGUCCGAUACCAGGGCCUCAUGCUCCUUCUAAUCCACCUUCAGCAACCCGAUCACCGUCCGCCGAGAGACGCGAAGCGCAGAUGAUGCAGAAUUCGCAAGAUAUCCUGUACCGAGAUUACAAGCAGCAUAAAAAGCCUACCAGCAGCAGCACGGUAGGGAUGAGCAGCAGUGGAAAUAGCACGCGUCCUCCAGGACCUGCGGGAGUACAGAUGGACCGUAGAUCACCGUACGAUUCAGCGGCGUACUACGCGCAUCAACACAGACCACCAGUAGUUCCUCCGCAAGCCGGUGGGUUGAUGCAUCCACCGCCACCGAAUUGGCCCGCACCUGGCCCAGGACAGCAUCACCCGUCGCAUCAACUGCAGCGAGGUCCUGCUGCCCCAGGCGCACGCAACAGUCCACAAGACAUGGGUGCAAGUCCGGUUUCAUCACCUGCUCCACCACCACCAACGAGCCAGCAGCAGCAUCAUUAUCAACAACACCAGGGGGCAUAUUACGGGCAGUACAAAAAUGCACCCAGUCCCGUGUCGGGAUCGACGUACGGUUCCAGCUCGUCUCCUUCUCAACCGCAAGGAGCGGGUGGAAAGUAUCCUCCUCAACAGCAGCAUUACGGUGGUGGUGGGUCUGGUACGGCUCCGGACAGACGGCACGAAGUGUUGGACCGUGGUGUUGGACCCGGCAACUACAAGGGGCUGGACUACAAUAUGGAGCAAAAGUUUGCGGAAGUGUAUCAGGCACAUCAGGCGAAGGAAAAGCAGGCGGCAGCAGAAGCGGCACAUGCCGCUGCGUCCAACCCAUCGGCAAGACAGCAGGGUCCGAGACAUGGGCCGGCUGCUGGUGCGGGCGGUAGUCCGGGAACUUCAUCCACUCCCGGGGGACCACCGACGAAGGGACCGGCACCUUACGGACCAACUGGGUACGAGCAGUACCAUCCGUACUACCAGCACUCACAAGCGACACCUUCUCCAACGUCUACGCCAUCGCCAGUGCCUUCUCCACACCAUCGGAAGUACAGUGGUCCUCCGUCAAGAGAUCCUUCCCCACUGGGACAGCAACCACAGCAACCGCCACCGCCACAUCAUCGAUAUGGUUCCAGUGAGCCGUUGUACCACAUCCCACCUGGAGCAGGUCCUCCGACAAUGUACAUGCAUUCGGGGCCACCGAAACCAAACGAACAGGGAGUUCCAUCGCAUCCUCCCGGACCGGUUACUUCGUACUAUCAAAGUCAGCCAUCGUCGUCGUCCUCCUAUUCGAGUGCUGGGUAUCCCAACCGUCCGCACCAUGCUGGAGGUGUUGUUAGCCCGAGCCAACAUCAUAACUCCUCCCAACAGUCUGUGAUAAGCGGUAAUAGCCCGUACGAUCGGUAUGCUCAUUCGUAUACUACCGGCGGACCGCCUCAACCCACACCCGGAGGACAGGUGCAACAACAGCCCCAUCAACAGCAACAGUCGUAUCAAGCAAAGCCUUCGCUUCCCUAUCCACCGGCAGGACGUCAGCAAGGUCCUCCACCAUUGCAACCAACUCCACCAUCGGCAGGUGCUGCACCAUCCGCCGUAAUCCAUCCACCUGUGGCGGGAAGCAAGAACAUUCCCGUGCGUGUAAUUGCUACAGCACCGCCAGCAUCAUCAUCAGCAUCGGCUUCCAGUGCGGGCUCUAAUACACUUCCCACGGUACAACAGCAUGGACCACCUCGAUCGACGGGACAAUCCAGCGCAUCAUCCUCGUCGGCACCUGUGCCACCAUCGCAGGCAGCUCUGGCAACAGGAGAAGGCAGCCUAAGCACGCAACGAGACAUGAACGCUACCGUCGUGGCAACGACCCCAGUAAUCAUUGCUCCGAAGCGUGAGUCUCCGCUGGAUCUUUCUGUGAAAACGGUUAAGACUAAAGCGGACUCGACGGGGUGUGAUGAUUACGCGACGAGUGCCAGUAACAGUAGCAUCAGCAGCAGUAGCAGUAACAGCAGUGUCGGGAAUGGACGACCACGAGAGGUAGUACCCAAGGUCGACUUUAGUCCAAACUUUCAAAAACACAUUCCUCCAAGAGGUGCUCCGGGACCGAACUUUGCUCAAGGUUCUUCUGGUCCUCCGGCCUUGGGUGGUAGACUACCGGAACCGCAUCUCCCACCGCGUCCAACACCUUCGCCAACACGUCACGUUUCGGUGAUAAGUCCAGCAAUUCCUCCCGGCUAUGAUAAGAAAACGGAUGCCUACUUGUCGGCAAACUAUCGUGCCGUUGGAGGACCGCUGACAACUCCGGCAUAUCAGUAUCCUCCCUCACGAUCCGGGCCUAUGCCUCCGGGAGCGUACGAAGGCUCAUCGUCGUCAGUUGGAUCCGGAUCUUCCGUGGCCUCGGCAAGCAGCAAGAGCGUGUACUAUCCUCCAGCGGGACCAGAAUACGGACGUCCUGGUGGAAAAUCGGGAUCCGGAAGCAUCGUAACAGGGCAAGCGGCCCCAUUACCAGCCGGUGCCUCGAACUCUCGCUCUAAUCCACCGUCGCACGGUGGUGUCAUGGCAGGACAAGCAUCUGGAGCUUCUCAGCCGCGCAUGGACGAUCCCCGCAUCGAGGAUCGCAAGUUUGUGGAGAGUAUGCUGAAGAAGAAAACGUCACCCUCGUCGGAUGUGAUGGCGGACCUGCAGGCAGGCAAGUUUCCGACCCGCAUUCCACAGGGUUUGGUACCGAAGAAGCGAGCGGCAGCGGCCGCCGCAGCUGCAGCAGCAGCAGAAGCCGCCCUCACCAAGCAAGGUCCAGUUCCGCCGGGAAGUAAUUCUCCUGCAAUAGCUCCAACACCCGCCAAGGUAGCCAAGUAUGAAGAGCCACAGGCGUCACGUAGUCAAGCGCCUCCACCACAGGGAUCAUCGCAUGCAUCUGCCCAAGGAGCUCCGUCAUUCGAUGGACGUUAUGGACCUUCGCGGGAAGGUCUUUAUCCAAGCUACGGUCCUCCAGGUCAUCAUUAUCCGCCCGCCGGCAAACGUCCAUCGCCACCUGAAAUGUCCAACGGUCCACCUGCUGUACAUCCAUCCGUGAUAACGACCAACUAUCACCACCAUCCACAGGCCAUUUUGCAGCAACAUCACCAGCAGCAGCAGCAGCAGCAGCAACAGCAGCAGCAGCAGCAACCACAGCAGUAUGAUUCACGCUACUAUCAGCAUCAUGCUGCCGGUAUGCCACCAAAAGCUCGCGACGAUCAUGUGAUGCCCGUGUACCAUCAACCGCACUUGAGGGGUGGAAGUGCGGCAGCACCGUACACUGCCCAUGCUUACGGUGGAUACGCGAAGGAAGAACCGAACGCUCCACCACAUCCACCAUAUCCGCCGCAUCCACAUACCGAUCCGGCGGCAUAUCACAAGGAGUCUCAAUCGUUUCGCUAUGGCGAGUCCUUGAAGCCACCGCAGGAGCAUACGGCUGCCGUCCAUCAUAUGCAAUCACACAUCCACUAUACCGGUGGCAGUGCCGGAGGAGCUAUGGCUAAGGUUCCACAUCAAAUGCCACCACAUCCACAGCAGCAGCAGCAGCAGCUUCAUCAUCAGCAUCAGCAGUCGCACAGUCAAGCACCCCAUCAUUUACCGUCUUCACAAUCGACAGUAGCGCCAGAAGCGCCGAUAGGUGUCUCUCAAUAUCCACCAUCGGUUCAUUCCAACUACGGACCGGCCCAGCAUCAUCGCGGAGCGGAUCAGUCGGUGAUAUCGAAGCUUCGCACCAGCCUGGAGCAGAAGGAGUACGAAAAGCAGCGCAUCAAUCAGCUCCGCAAGCAGCCACCGGGAGUGGAGCAACCAACGGAGGAAGAUCGUUCCCAGAAGACAUCGAUCGCCAGUGCAUCUCCGGUCGCAGCCAGCAUUGUCCCUCCGAUGCAUGAAAUUCCUUCACCGUCCUCACGGUUUCGUACCAAGGGUGAACUGAAAGGCUAUACACCAUUGCCGACGCCGAGUGUGGUCAGCAUGCCGCCGGCACGAUCGAUCGACGAUCCUGCUCAGCUGAAGAAGGACGGACAGGAAGGCGCUGGUGGUGAGGAAACAAGUGAUGAUAAGAAACGGUCAAUUGUUCCACCGGCAGAUCUGGAUGGUGCGUCCGCAUUGGACAUCCUGGACUGGGGCAGCGCCUGCAACGAGUUUGUCGAGCAGUUGCAAACGGGCAAGAAGCGUGGACGACGGAAACGAGCUGCUGGGACGACGGCGUCAGCCGCAUCGACCAGUGGUCGCGGUUGGCCUGCAAUUGAUUCCCUCGAACCGACGGACCCAUUGGCUGAAGGUGCGUCGACCGAUCUUUCGGCAAUUCCGAAAGAAGUGCUCAACUCUGCCCGCUCGCCGCAUCGUCUGAAGGGUGACCGCAAUGGAAGUGAAAGCUCAAGCGAUGAGGACAAACCGCUGCUACUGCUUCGCCAGCAGUCCCAGCAACAGAAAGAGCAGGACGGCAAAGGGCCAGUGCAGCCGGAAAAGGUGGCACGCAAUCAUCGGGAAAGGCAGCGCUUGGAGCUGGAGCAGAAGCACGAAGCAAAGCUGGGUCGCUCGAGCAGCACGGACAGUGAAACGGCACGCGUCGCUUCUGCCGCAGCACAGCGCGCGAAAGCACGUGUUCGGAAGCUGCGUCAUCGGUCGAGCGUUGCACCGACGCUGUCGCUGAAAUCCUCCGACGGGGAUGGUGAUGUGACGGCCGACGGGGGUGAAGAGGACGGUGGCAAACCGGGCUCAAAGCGUAGGCCACAUGCGCUAGCACCAAACGCAAAGCGGAAGCGUACCCGUGGUCCCGGAUCACGAUCGCCAUCGUCUUCCGCUGCGUCUUCCUCGUGCGGGGAAAGCAGCGAGCCCGGGACGAAGAAGUCAACCGGGAAUGAAGGGCCCAAGAAGCGAGGUCGACCGAAGGGAACCAGAGCACCUGGCUCAAAGCGUGGACAACAGUCGAGCAACAGCCGAUGCCAGAGCGGUGCUAUCAAGCAGGAACCCAACGAAAACAGUGAUCUUAGCUCAGACGACGAACCUCGAGCCGUGCGUACGCCGCACAAAAAUGGAUCCAGCGCGGCGAACAACGAUUCAGCACGGAAGCGCGGUGAUGCAACCGGUGGAGGGGGUGGUGGUGGUGCGGGAGGACCCUCUGGAGGUGGUGGCAAUGCGGGCGGUAAAGCACAGCACGGUCACAAAGUGAAUGAAUCGUCCGCGUGCAACGGUGGGCAAAAGGACAAGAGUGCCAGCGCGAAGAAAAAGUUCGUAAAAACGCGUACUAACUCCCGCUCGAAGGCAGAACUGUCGUCGGACUCGUCAUCCUCCAGCUCGGGCUCUUCAUCGUCCGAAGAGGAGGAGGAGGAGGAGGAAGCAGAAGAAACUAUGACACGGUCGCGCAGCAAGCGGGAAGCCGAACGGCGCCGAUCGAACAGUAAAGUGUUGCGCAACGAUAAGAUCGUCGAAAAUUGUCCCAAUCCGGGGCAGAAUCAGCGAGCAGCGGGCACGCGGAAUCGCGUGGACAGUGAACGAACGCCGUCAAAAAAGGCCAAAAAGGAGCGUAAACUAUCCGCCGGGGAACCAACGACCAAGCGGUCCAAGUCGCGCGUGGUGGAGUCGGAUUCGGACGGUGGAAAAGCGGCCGAAUCAUCCGCGGUCGUGCCGCGCAAACGUACUCGACAGGCUUCAAAAAACGCGCCAAACUCGUCGGCUGGUUCAGGCGAGUCGGCGAACAGUUCGAGUGAGGGGGAGGAAGGGCAGGCGGAUAUGGCGGAGCGGUUGCGCUCGCGGAAGGUGGCUAAGAGGCUGCCCGUCGACGGUCAACCCGCCAGUCGAAGGCAGUCCACGGCUAGUGCCACGAAGGGUGGAUCGCGCCGGGCGAGCACUACGUCGACGGCGUCGUCGGCGAGAAAGAAAGGCGCGUCCGGCGCUUCCAGCAGCUCCGCUGUGGCUGGGGUGAAGAAGUCGCUCAAAGAGCUCAACCAGCAGACAGCCGUCGCUCCGGAUCACUUCUAUCCCGGCUGGGAGAAGGAACUGUACGAGUACAAGCGGUCGCUGAAGGUACCGCCCGAGCUGAUCACGAUCGACGGUGGGUUGUACAUGCAUCGGAUAUCCACGUCCCUGCCGGAUCUGGACUCGCCGCACCAUAGCGAUGGGUCGGAAACGUUCUCGGAGAUUGUGAAGAAGCUAAGCCAACGUGAUGUCGGAUCGGCACCGCCCAAACGUUUCAAAACGAAGGCUGCUGCUAAGCAGCAGCAGCAGCAGCAGCAGCAACCGUUGCCCGGGACGUCAUCCUUCGCCUCAACCCCACCAGUGCGUGUGAAGGAGGAGGAACAGACCCGUCAGGAGCGCAAGAAGCUUGACGAUAAUGAAAAGUUCAGCUCAAUCAUUGAGCUGCUGCACCGUCGCUGCCUUGCGGCACAGGUCGCGAAGCCUACCGUCUCAUCGUCGUCCGGUCGGGGUAAGGGUGGAAAGGGCGCAGGUAAGGGCGCCAACAGCAACAACACCUCCAGCAGUGAGAGCACCAAACCCAAGCAGGAGUACGAACUGUUGCCUACUCCCGGUGCCGAAUCGGAGUCACUGUUCAGCAAGAACAGCAAGAAGAAAAAGUCACUCUUCGAUACGGCCAUCUUGAAGUCGCGUACGCGCACCGAACAGAAGGCGAUGCAGAGCAAGGAGAUGAUCCGCGAGGUGUUUGGAGGGGAUGGUGAGCGGCCCCAGUCGGCGCCACCGCUCAGCUGCGACCCAGAACCGCCGCCCCUGUUCGAGGAAGGUCUGCAGAACGUGACGUACGACGAGAAGUACAACGAGCUGAUGCGCAACGUCGAUCGGAUCGUCGGGGAGCUUGAUGGUGGAGCGGUGGCUGCGGCGGCGACACCGACCCCAGCAACGGUCAAGGUCAAGCAGGAACCGCCGGAAGAGGAGGAGGAGGAAGACGAGGAAGACGAUGAGGACGAUGACGAUACGCAGGAUGGGAGUGUGCGGAUGAAGGAUUCCGAGCGGGACACGCCGUCGAUCGCUUCCGAGCGUGGAGAACGCGAACUUCCCGGUACACCGCUGUCCUUCAAUGGAGGGGCAGCAAUCGCGAACGGGAAUGGUGCGAAUGGAGUUACAACCACCGCUGGACAGCUGACGGUACCCCCUGCACCGAAAAAGCGUGGCCGUGGCCAUCGUACAUCCCGUCGGAAGGGCAGUUCGGGGUUUGACUACAUUCGCAAGAAGAAGAAACCCUCGCAACAGCACAGCCAGGGUAACCAUGGCAACCAGCAGCAUGGAGCGUCCGGUGUGAAUGGCGUGAAUGGAGCGGUAAGCGUGCGCAAGGUGACUGCGUUCGAGAAUAUGGAGGGCAAGGACGAGACGCACAUCAGCAAGGAGAUCCGGAGCUGGGUGCUGAACAAGGGUGUCGGCGAGAGCGUCAUGCAUAAGGCCGCCCGUCUUGGCUACACGGACGUCAUCGUGUACUGUUUGGAGCGGCUGGACAUGGAUCCCGACCUGAAGGACAAUGCUGGGUAUACGCCCCUGCACGAAGCGUGUGCGAAGGGACAUCUGGAUAUUGCCAACUAUCUGCUACAGUACGGGGCGAGCCACUCGGAGCCAGCGCCAUCGGGGAUGCGGCCAUUGCACGAGGCGGUGGAGAAUUCGUUCGUGGAAAUUGUUCGCCUGCUGCUCGCCUUCGGUGCCGAUCCGAUGCUGGCGACGUACGCCGGCAUGACACCGAUACAGCUAGCCGAAAGCGAUGAUAUGACGCUGUUUCUGGAGCAUCACCUGAAGGACGUGCAAAGUAUGGCACCGAACAAGACUGGUUGGAAGUUUGAUGGACCUUGGAAGAUUCACGUCAAUCUAACCGUAGAUCCAGAAGAGAGUGGCUGCAACGUGUUCUCGGACAUUCCGGGAUUUGAGGAAGCGGAUAGUGGGCUGACGACAUCACUACUCAACACAAGCGGCACCAGUAGCAGCGGUGUGCUAUCGUCCACCUCGAGCAAGCAGUGUGAUUCCAAUUCCAACAUAAUGCACUACGAGGUGGGAGGAAGUGCUACCACCACCACCACCACCACCACCAACAACAACAACAGCACAACGACCGAUACAGACGGUGGACCGGCACGUAAGCGCAACGGCAUCACGGCUAUCGCAGCCGCCACCCUGCCGGCUGGGUUGCGGAAUGGUAAAAUCAAGCGCGAGCUUCCGAAGCAAGAGAGCGAGCAGUGUCGUCUUCCGAAUGGUGGGGGCGUUGAGCCACGGCCGAAGCUAGUGAAUGGGCAGGUAAGGAAAGACGGAGAGCAGCCAGAUCUGGAGCUGCACGAUGCGGGCAGUGAGGAUAGCGAGGGAGGCGGCGAGAUUAACUUCGAGUAUGAGGAGUCGGAUCGUCCCCUGCCACCGCUGUAUGUGCUGAAGGACGAGUACAACGAGCGCUGGAUGCUGAUGAGCGAUCUUUGCACCUUUCUCAAGUUCAAGUCAAAGGAGGCCGUGCUGAGACAGAUAUGUCCCAACAAUUCGCCAACCAAUCAGCGCGAGCUGAUACGGGAGAUGAAGAUCGAAGAGUUCCUGACGCGGGCCAACUGUCUGCAGCUGUUGUGCGCCGGCGAGAAGCUCAACAUACACGCCUCCAAGGUGGUGCUGGUGAAGUACAACGACAGUGUCAAGAGUCUGCUGCAGGUGCAAAGCUACGCGACACGCAUCUAAGUAGGCGCUGGUGCUUUCCAUGUUCGUGCGCAAGACUGAACCGAUUAGAGAACAACAACAUUGGAACAAGAACAAAAGGGCGGAUGGUGGUGAAUAUCCACAAAACGCGCAUCACACGUAAAAGAUUGAAUUAGUAGACAGAGGGUGUGUUAGUUAGUUAGUGGUUUAGUGGUAUCGGUAAGGUCGGUAGCAAUUUAAAUGUAAUUAUGUUAUUUCUGUCUUUCAUCCCCUUUUUGCUCCUCCUCAUUCCUGUUUAAUUAGUUGUUUUUUGUUUGUUUUGCGCAGCAGUUUCUACUAAUACAUCAAUGUGUGUGUCUGUGUGUGCGUGCGCGCGUGUGAAUGUAGGAAAUGAAUGUAGCUUAAUAGAAGAAAGGUUUGGGGGAGAGAGAUCGACAGAUCGUGAUGUGUCCUUACGCAUCCUCCAGGUGGAGGAGAGAGAUAGAGAGUGAGAGAGGUAUUUAGCAAAAAAAAAGCGAUCGUGUUAUUUGAUAAGACAUCCCUAGCCUAAUGAUUGUGAUUUAGACACAUUUGUGGGGUGGUGGUGUAGGUAGGUGUAGUAAAAGAACAGGUUAAAGCAUAUAUAUAUAUAUAUACCAGCGAGAUUGUGGCUAGCAUAUCCGGUACGGAAGCUCUGUAGCAUAAGCAAGCAUAUUUAUUCAAACUUCCCUGACACGCCGACACCACACUCAUCACUGUACAAGCGUGUGUGUGCGUGUGUGUGUGUACUCAUUGAUACAGUUACACUCCUCCUCGUUGGUUAUGUACGGUUUGAUUCGUUUUAGCAAACAAAACAAGGUGUAUAGUGUAGCUUCUUUCUUUUUUUAAAGUUAUGUUAGUAUUUUGUUCCGUUUAUGUUUAUUCUGUUUUUUUAGCAUAAUUGUGUCUGUUAGUUUUAGACUUUCGUUUAAUAGAAUCGUUUGUUUGUGUGUUGCUUUCGUUCGACCACCCCCCCUUUGUGUAGUGCGGACGGAGAAACGGGGAGCUAGCUAGCAAAAGGUGUAGAUAUGUGGCAGUUUGUUCAGUUUUAAUCAAUUUCGUUGAGCUAGAUAGUAAUGGUUUUUUUGUGUUUAUUAUAAGUUAUAGGAUUUUUUUUCUUGUUGUUUGAGAGUAUCGUUCUUUUAUCGUUGAAUGCGGCGGACAGCUAAUCCCUAUUUUGCACUGGAGAAGUGGACAGAAGGGGGAUACUCGAAUAGAUCGUGUUGUGUUGUUGAGCAGUAAUUUAGCAAAAAAAGGAAAAAUGGUGAAAGGAAGAGACGGAACUCAUUGACUGAUUGUUCACUAUUUCUUUACAUUUUUUGUGCGUGUGUACAAGAUGGUAGCGACAAAGCCUAAAAUGGAAGUAGGAACUGUGAACGAGGUUUGGGGCCGUAGAGUGCAGUGCAGGUGCCUAGAGAAUGAGCGACAGCUACGAGGUGUCAAGGCUAAUGAUAAGGAAAAUGACAAUUUGAAGGUUUCACGGUGGUGUGGCCCGAGCGGUUCGUGUUGUCCAUGCGGGGACCGUCCCCGUUACGACACCCCACACUCUCUGGGGUAGGAUUGUUGAGUUUUUGAAUGUUCCAAGUGCAAUCAUAGAUUUGCAAAUUUUAACGCAAACAAACCCACGCAACAAUGAUAAAGGGAUGAAGGACGGGUUGUAGCUAGCAAACGAGGCAGAAAAAGGAAAGAAAGAAAGAGAAAGGAAGGUGCAGCGUGUAAAGUUUUACUACACGAAGGGACAGUUUCGUAACCGUAUAUAUUAUACACACACAAUUCGUAAGAGGGUGACUUUCGCGUCAUCUUUUCAACGGCAGCGGUGCAACAAGAAUGGUGUGUGACAAAGGAAAUUAGGAUACGUAGCGUAAUUGGAAUGGCAAGCAAAACAUGUGAUGAUUUUCGAAACGAGAAAGAAAAGUAAAACUAAAGCGGAACACUUUAUAGAUAAGCGAAAGGGGAUAAGCAAAUGGCGAAAGGGAGGGUAUAAUAGAUGCAAACCGAAAGCUGUUUGGUUAGCGAGAUAGAAGAAACACAGAUAUAGAGAGAAAGAGAGUAAUAUUAUACAAUUAUUAUUAUUAUAUGUAAUGGUACUAUUAACGAAACAACAACAGCAACUAAAAAACGACUCCGUACAUCCGAUUACGAAUAUUUCUCUGCGUGCGUGCGUGGAGCAUGUGGAUGAAACAUUCAUAUGUGUGUGUGUUUGUAAAAGGAUAAAUGAAAUGUAUUCGAAGCAGAUGUGUCGUGAAA